CGAGUCGCCUCCUCCGUAAGCGCGCGAGACGAGCUGUCAGAGUGAGAAGCUCAUCUGUGUGAGCUGAGAUGAAAAGUCCAGGCUGGUACGUUUGAGCAUCGGCACGAAGAAAUCGGACCAUGUGCCGGCGCCCCUGAUGUGAGAAAGCUCGCCGUUCGUCGACCCGGAAGGUUCCAGAGAAGCGGCGGAUUCGCACGAUGGAGACCGCCGCCCGGUUCUUCGGGCCGGAGUGUCGGAUCUGCUUCGACGCCUUCAGCCUCCGCCGGCGGCCCAAACUGCUCGGGUGCGGGCACACGUGCUGCUCGGUGUGCCUGGGUCAGAUCGUGCUCGAUCGCAGGGAGAUCUGCUGCCCGUGGUGCCGGCAGGUCACACACCUGGGCGGCCUGUCGGUGGUCCAGCUCCCGGACGACCCCGAGGCGCUGGCGGCGUGUUCGCCCGUCUCCGUCCGGCUGCCCGACAGCGGCCACUACCCGCUGCCUCUGGGGACGGACGGACCCGCCGACCGGCGCGGCUUCAGAACCGGCGAGGAGGCGACCCAGACGGAACGGAUCGCAGGAGCCCAGGAGGAGGAGGAGGAGAGAGAGACGGCGAUGAAGAGUUCAGCCUGGACUAGCUUCUGCGCCGUCCUCAUGGUGGCCGUGAUCCUGAUCUUCCUGCUGGCCAUCGUCCUUCACAACAUGUCCUGUGUGUCCAAACGCUUCAGCAUCAUUUCCUGUGGAUGAAAGCAUGGUGCCCUGCUUCCUGUUCACUGUAUUGUAAAAUCAGGUGGACUGUAUGCCGAACUGAAUCAUCUGAAUCAUCAGACUGUGUUAUCAGACCCCAUCUGCAGCAGUUCAGGAGCUUCUGCCAAGCGCCGAAGGAAGGGUGUGAAUACUUUUCAGUCUUUGAUUCAUAAUUACGUCUUCAGAACGGCUGAUUAUGUGUAGGAAAGAACAUGUUAAACUCCUUCCAGACAGAGACUGCCGGUGUCAGUUAUGUAUUUAAUGAUGAGGCAGUGUGUGUAUCACCACUGAAGCAGGUCCCGAAAGAUACGAGCUGAGGUCACGUUUUAAUCCCAGUCAUUAAUUGUCCAGCUUCUUGGAAGAUUAACCACCCUGGAUAGUUGUGUCUAUGUGAGUGUGUGUGUGUGUGUGUGUGUGUGUAGGUGAGUGUGUGUGUGUGUGUGAGGGACGGAUGGUGGUGAGGCUUACUAAACAGCAGGCAUUAAUAUCAUGCUAAAAGUAACUACAAUGAAUGAUCUAUUUAACGAGUGAAAACACGAGGGUGUAAAAAUGACUUAGAAUUUAAUUCACCUGAACGUUACAAUUAUUCCCCGGUGAUCAGUUUUUAAAUCAUGAUCGUGUGAAUCGUGUCAUCACUAAUAAUAAUAAAACUAAUGAACAGAGUAAAA